ACACUACUCUGUGGCAACCACUUGAAAGCGUAAUGAGGGACAACGGGAGCCGAGUUUAUUAGGCAACAUCAACUGUACCACUACACACAGCUAGGAAGACGAUAAUAAAAAUGAAAAUAUUCACCCUCCUAUUGGGCGUGAUCAUUAUAGGGGUAGCGGAGAUCAAAACCGACGAAUCAGAGAGCACCUUCCCCGAUGCCGGACCAAUCGCAUCGCAAGAAAAUAACAUUGAAAAGAGACGGGUAGAUGUUCCUGAAGUGGUUUUGCAAUUGAAAUAUGAUAAAGGGGAACUGAAUAGGAUAUAUUUGACGCAGUUUCGGAAGGAUUCUGUAGCGUGGGUGCCGUCAGUGUCUGCCCGGAGCAACCUGUGUGCAGACUUGUGCCACGCAGGACUUGGUGGCGAGGCGUGCGGAGUGAACAUCUGUUCGCAGCUGGUCCCCAUAGGGCUGCAGAAGGCCCUGACGGAGACCAACCAGAGCGACGUCACUUACGGAGUGCCGCGGUACAACGUCUGCCCUGCACUGUGCCAGAAUCAACUUGGAGCUCCACUAUGCAACUGCAGAGAGCGCACUACGGAGCACCAUGCAGUCAACUGGAGCGAGGUGUGCGCCGCCUUCUGCUACGACGGAUACACGCUUAGCGGUUGCCCAACGUGCGAGUCAUCAAGCACGGAAUCUACAGUGAGCCUGCAAUCAUCGCGGGUGCUGUCCACCUACGAGGGGUGGGCUGCAUGGUGCAACGUGCAGUGCAGGCAGGGCCAGGGCGGUGCUGCAUGCAACUGCGAUCGCACCCCGUUCCAGUAAACCCCAAAGAAGAAAACGCCACAAAAAUUAUACAACAAGAUCGUAUGUAUAACUAAUUUUAAAAAUAUGUAUGUAUGUAUAACGGUUAUUCUUUCCAACUUUUUGAAAAACUGCCGAGUCAUACUUGCAUAGGUACCAAAUUACUUGGUUGAGUUUUCCUAUGUUAACUUUAUCAAAUAGCAACGAAACACCACAACACAAAUGGACAAAAAAAUCGUAUGUAUAAAUUAAAAAAAUGUGUAUUAUUUUUCAACUAGGUAAGUCUCGAUAUUGAUAGCGACAUAAAUCGAUCGUUAAGUCAUAAUUUCUUUUUUGUAAUUCGACAUAAAUAGCGACAAAAUUCGAACGUUAAGUCGUGCUUUCUUUUUGUAAUUUGCAAGCAUUUUAUGCUUUUGUUUUAGAGUUGAAAAGUCGAAUAAUGGAAUGUAUGGCUUAAUAAUAGUUUUGUCGUAAUCAUUGUCGAGACUAUCAGCUGUAAAUCAUUGGUAAUAUCACAAGAUUGCAUUGAAACAAGAUCGUUUAAUGUAUGGUUGUUAGAUAUUCACUGGAAAUGCCACAAUAACUAGACAACAAGAUUCGUUAUUGUAUAUUUCUACUAUUUUUGGUUACAUAUACAACCCGUUUCUUUUUAUUAGCAGCCAAUUUUUGUUCUGAGAGUUAAAUAGAUAUCAUUCAAACAUUCCAUUUUUUGAAUAAAUAAAAUAACUUUUUACACUAAAAUGGUAAAAAUAACUUUUAUUACGGAAGUCGAUGUUAAAUAAGAAACAAUAAUGAGAAACAUCGACUUUUGAAAUCAAAGUCAAUUUGAUCCUUUUAACUGUUUUUUUAACCGUCUUUUUUCAGUGAAGUCGGUUAUUCUUCUUUGUAAAAAGGUAACUCUCAGAAAAAAUUGUCUGUAUUUUUUAUUAUUCAAGAUGAAAUGGCAAUAUGAUAUGUAUAAUUCAUUAUAUAUGUACGUAUUAUCUAUUUAUAUAUUGCUUAAAGCAGGCAAUUGUGUAUGUAGGUACAGAAGAGUGGGGGAAAACACAGAAAUACAUAUAUUUUAAUUAAUAUAUUAUCGCACAAUGAAAAUUCAAGUAGUAUUACAUAAAUUACUACAUUACUUAUUUAAUUUUUACCUAUUUAAUUCAUCGUGAAAGGAAUAAAAUUUUCAUUUAUUCGUUUAAAUGAAUGUAUUUAUCAAGUUUAAAUAUUGAUACAUAUUAUUAUAGAAUAUAAAUUAAAUAAUAUGCACCGUAAUUAUUAUUAUAAUUAAUUAAUUGUCACAAUAAUAUUAUAAGGAUUUAUUCUAAAUAUACCAUUCACAAUUUAAGAUCAAAAUUAUAAAGUACAUGGCUGCAUAAAUAUAUUAGAUAAUAAGCGUUUAAUAUUGUUUUUAAUUAUUAAAUUCAUUUAAUUCUAAGUGUACUGUUUAAUCAACGUAUAUUUUAAGGUAUGAUUAUUACUUAUAUUUAAUCAUUAAAUAAUAAUUGUAAUUAAUAAUAAUAAGAAAUGAAAAAUCUGCGCGCAAGACAAUACUACGAGUAAUAUUUAAAUGUAAAAUUCCAUUUAAUGUGAUUAUUUACAUUUAAUUUCGGUAUUAAAGUUUAUUUUUCAUUUA